UUCUGGAAAAAACCCUCAUUCCAAGAUGGCGCUGCGCACAGUUUGCUCCACUGCGUUAAGGACCGGGACAGAUUUAGGGGUCAAUAAUGCCAGGACGUUUGUCACAACAGCAUUCCUUUGCAAACGGAUACCUCCACUUGGUCCGAUGCCACAUGACGAGAUCGACAUUGAAAACCUGGAGUCGACGGAGAAGUAUCGCAGCUACACUCGCUACCUGAGACAAGCUGAGGAGGCAAAGAACAAAUCUGUCUGGUGGAAGACUUACAAGGGCUACGUGGAAAAAGCCGAUCCUGAUCACGGUGCAGAACUAGUGGACAUUGGUCUUCCAUUCUAUCGACCCUGCAGGAUCAAAGAAGUGAGGGAGCGAAAGCAGGUGAUCAAGGACAACAAGAAGAAUGCUGAGCUGGAGAGGGCUUCACGUCUGCGCACUUUUAAGAUCCCUCUGGAUCGAGUUCAGGAAACCUGGGAGAAGACCAGUGGUCCAUUUCAGAUAAAGAGACUAGCAGAACACUAUGGCGUCUUCAGAGAUCUCUUCCCCAUGGCCUAUUUUCUACCUCAAGUGUCGCUCAAAAUCUCCUAUAGCCAGGAGGACAGCACCCAAGUUCAUUAUGGGAAUCGGCUGACACCAAUGGAAGCAGCAUCUGCGCCUCAGAUCAGCUUUGAUGCGGAGGAAGGAUCCCUGUGGACCCUUCUGCUCACAUGUCCAGAUGAGCAUCUUCUGGAUAAUGAGGCAGAAUACGUCCAUUGGCUAGUGGGGAACAUACCGGGCGGAGCAGUGCAGGCUGGAGAGGAGCUGUGCCACUACCUGCCCCCAUUCCCUGCCAGAGGAACAGGCUUCCACCGCUACAUUUACGUCCUCUUCAAGCAGGAGGGGCCAGUCAACUUCAGCGAGGACGACAGGACGUCGCCAUGCUAUUCUCUGGUGGAUCGAACAUUCAAGACGGUGGAUUUCUACAGAAAGCAUCAGGACAAUAUGACGCCUGCAGGCCUGGCCUUCUUCCAGUGCCAGUGGGAUGAAUCUGUCUCCAACACCUUCCACAACACACUGAACAUGAAGGAGCCAGUGUUCGAGUUCAUCCGGCCUCCAGUGUACCACCCUCCACAGGUCAAAUUCCCUCAUGGGCAGCCGCUACGCUACUUGGACCGAUACAGAGAUGGAAAGGAGCACACCUAUGGAAUAUACUGAUGAUGACAACACAUACGCAACAUAUUUCCUUCCAAAUGUGGAGUUAUGUUUGGUAUAUUUAUGUAUAAUAAUAAUAAAGCAUUUUUCAACUGUC